AGUCUGGAAAUUUUCGCUCAAAUUUUCGCCGGAGUUCUCUUGCCCGGGCCAUGGCGGUCGCGUUCUUGCUGCCCUCAGCCGCGGUCACGCCGGUCACGCGCGUGCCGGUCACGCCAGUGACGCCGUUUUCGGCUGUGGAUCACGCCAGGGCUGACUGGGCGCCAAAGGCAUCCCUGGCCUUUGCCUCCCUCGCCGGUUUCGGCGCCGCGCGCGCCCAAGCGGCGCGUGCCCAAGCGGCGCGGCGCGCCGCGUCCCGGCGCCGGGAGGCGUGCCUGGGCGGCGUGCUGGCAGCAGCGCCACAGGUGGCAUCGGCCAAGACCAAGCAGGAAGCCGUAGAGAAGCUGGACACUUACGCACUGUCCUCGAUCGCGCCCACAGAGGAGGCGCCCAGCGGCUGGCAGUGGGUCGUGGAGGGCCUGGGCCUCACGGCGGACGCCUACAUGAACAACCAGAAGUUCAAGGGCGGGGAGCCCACCAUCGUGCGCUUCCUGUGCCCGCCUUUCUGGUCCGUGGCCAAGCCCCAGAUCGACUACAACGGCGCGUCGGGCACCGUGCAGAUUAACAACUACGCCAAGGGGGACUCCGCCACCGUCUUUGUGGAUGCGGAGUUCAAGGGCAACGUCGCGGACAUGCAGGUGAAGGAGGCGAAGGCGACGCUCUUCAGGGCGUUGACGCUGAAAGGCACCUCCUCCCUGCAGGGCCUCAAGGUGAACAAGGUCUCGGAGGUGGAGGGCUUGCCAAACUACAAGCUGGUGGACUUCGAGUGGACCCUCUUCACUGGCGCGGGCUUCGAGAUCGACCGGGACGGCUUCGCCAUGAUCACCCAGAUCUCGCCCGGAGGGCCCCUCCAGGUCUUCUGGGGCGGCGUGGUGUCCACCCGCUACCGGGAAAUGAAGGACACCCUCCUCGACGUGGUGAAGAGCUUUCGGGCGGCCAAGGUGCCUGAGGGCAUCAAGAUAGAGCUGAAGAAGGAGUUCAAGGACUUUGACGUCCAGUUUCGGGAGGAGAGGUAGGAAUUCCUCGGACGGAAGCCGCCCAGUGGCUCAGAGCAGGGCCGCGAUGGCUUUGCUCUUUCUCGUUUGUGCACGUUGUUUUUGUAUGCUUUUGUGUGGUU